UCGUUCGCGACCCUUCGCGCGCGCGCCGCGAAUCCUCGAUCGCUCGGAUCGCGAGGAAAAUCGCGAACCGCGACCGAUGCCGCGCCGCGAGUCGUCGCGCGACGCGCGCCUUCGUCGCGCGCGCGUCGCGUUCGCGCCAUCGCGCGUCGUCGUCAUCGUCGUCAUCGCCGCGCUGACGCUGCUGCGUCACGCGCGACGGGUCGAUGCGGGCGGAUUCGGACGAAGCUCGCUGUACAGUGAACUGCAACGCACGUACGGACUCGGCGGUCGCGAAGCCGACGCCGAACACGACGUCGUCCCGGACCCGAACGCGCGCGAAGCCGAACCGGAACCCGAGGAAGAGAAGCCGGCGAACCUGCUGCACGUGGGCCAUCGCAUGGAUCACGAGGAGCUGCGAAAUCAAUUUGAAAAAUUUCCGGAUCAUCACGACAUAAACGCGCCGUUGCACCGAAGUGGGUUGACGGCGCUGAAACACGCGAUAUUGGUCGGGAACGAUACGUACGUGCGGACGGUGAUCGAACUCGGGGCGGAUACCAACGCGAAACUGUACGGAGGCAAGGCGAUUCACUUCAACGCGGGGUCGUGCGGACAGCGAGGAAGCGUGCCGAUUUUGCACGCGCUGUUGGAACACGGGGCGGAUCCGAUCGAGGAAACGGAUCAAGGGUACCAACCGAUUCACAUCGCGGCGCGAGGGUGGAAGAAGUAUUGCAUUCCUUACAUGCAGACGUUACUCGAGGCGGAAGCCGUAGAUCCAAACGCGCGCCGGAGCACGGGCAACUUGACAACGCCGCUGCACGAGGCGGCGCAUAAAUCCUCCUUCGAAAUGGUGAAGGUGUUGAUCGAUGCCGGUGCGGACGUGAACGCGCAAGACGCGGACGGUGAAACGCCGCUCCACAAGGCGAUUCGCGGCGAUCACAUCCACGCGGCGUGGGGACUGAUGUCGAACGGCGCGGACAUCUUCAUCAAGAACAAGCGGGGUAUCGACGUGGAAGCCUUGGCAAAUCUGAUGCGCGCCGACUACGACACGAAGCAAAUGUUCAAGCAGCACAAAGAAAGCCUGGAGAAGAAGAAGGCGGUGAAAGACGAACUUUGA